AUGAUCAGGAGAAGGGACGUGGAAUCACUCAAACAGAUAAAGGGACAGACAGACGGCGCUAUCGUUAAUGUGCGCCGGCUAAUCGAUUCGCAGGCCCCGAUUAUCGGUUGGAACUCUAUACGUCCGUCGAACUCUACAAUUCUGCGUAAACUCCGAACUCUACAUCUCUACGGAAACAGAGCUCUGCCGGCGAUGCGACAGCCCCGCGUGCCCGCUCUCUCUAUUAACGGAGUGUACACGAUACGAGACCGCCAUGUUUACCUCCUAGCCGCGCGUUUAAGUCAAAAGGCGCGUUAUCUCGGCGCUGCAUCCAUCAGGGCGCCGGCGGCGGCGUUAUCGGCGCCCCGCACGCCUCCGCCGGGCGCGUUUUAUUUCGCACUGUGCAAACGCCCGGCUACAGCGGCCGGGGUUAAGUCAAUUCGGCCCGCCGGUUAUUGUUUGCCGCGCGCGGGGCGGAAAGUUUCCCGCGGAAGGCGACGCUUUGCGGCGUCGGGUGCGCUUUUUUCGCGAUCGGUCGACGUGGUCGCGGCACGGUACGGAGCUAAGGCAUGUGUUGAAUGGAGGGCGUGCUGCGCCGCGAUACCGUCCGCCCCCUCGUGCGAGUCCAAGAUAAAACUGCGAGCCCUCCCCUCCCGCUCCGCGCCCCCCACGACCCCCUGCUUCGACGAU